CUUGCGGGUACUCUUAUUGGAUCUGCGGCUGUCAAGCAGUGCUGAAGAAUUGGAAGGGCAAACGCUGGAAAGGCAGAGAAAGACUAACAGAAAACAGCAUUAUGUGGCUUAUUUUUGCCUUUACGUUUGGACAUAAAAAGGAAAAGGCUUCUUUUUUGCUAACUGAAACUUAAGAACGGAGAGCUGUGUGUGUGGAUUUAUACGAUUUCAUUCUCCAGAGGAGGUACCGCAGACAAAUUGACAGCCUUUACAUCUUUUUUAAGAGGAAAAAAGCAGUGGGCCUUUGAAACAUUGUAAUCCGUUUUAAACGAAUUUAUUAUUAUUACACUUCGUCACUGAACUAAUAAUGGUCUGUAUUGAGGUUUUGCAAAAAGAACGAUAGCUUAUUUUCCCUAGGCUAAUUGUAUUUACAUUUUGGCUUGUUGGAAUGUUUGAUCGGACUAAAGCGCAUUUCGUUGUGUGCAGAGAGUCUUCAUAUGAAAGCGGGUGUAGAGAGGAUAGGCUACUAUGCGUUGUAUAUCUUUUAGCCUGUUGAUGAUGUGCAAGUGUGAAGUGGAUCAAACUGGAGAACAGAUUUGUGCCCCGUGUUUUAAAUACGCGUCCACCAGCUCGUUAAAUUGAAAAGAUAUCGCAGGGAAGAUCGGAUAUAAUUUGUAGUGGGGGAAAAGAAGCAACAGACUUUGACAAAUGGAUAAAAACAACUGUCUGGGUUGAGUGGGUGAUUUAAUUUGGAGAGAGAAAAAUACAAAAAUAAAAUUGCACCUUCACGAUGAUGCGGUAAGGCAACGACGAGACGAGCCAGCGGAAGAGGUCAUUAGCGUAUGGAAUUAAAUAAUCAAAGUAAGACUACUGCGGAAUUAAUGCUUUUGCAAGAGAAGCGCGCGUUUGCGAAAAUUAAAAAUAAAUUACUUCAUGUGAAAGUCAGAAAGGAAAUCUAUUUCCUGGUUGGGGGGCUAGGAGGGAAGGAAAAUAUAUUAUUCAUGGUCUCCGUGAGGGAACCGAGAGAAAGAGUGCGUUUUGCCUUAAAAUUAAAAGAAAGGCGUAAGAGUGAAACGUAGGUGUUAAAAAUUGGCAGAAAGGCCAAAGCAAAUCACUUGAAAGAAAUUUCUGAAAGUGGCGUUGAAGCAUGGGCUGCGCGUCGAGCAUUAACAUCUCGGACAGGGUGGUCUAUCACAGAGGGAAAGACUCAGAGGAUUCACAUUCACCCCAGCAGACCAACACUACUCUUCAAUCUCAGCAUCAGGGGAAUCCAGCCCUUGGAUUACCCGCUAAACCUUCCGACAAUAAGCCCACAGUCACAGAGUUGGAGUUUGGACCAAUGAGGCUCUACAAAGAGCAGCUGCAGGUGCUGUUAGUGUUUGCCAAAGAUGACAACCAGAGUAAUGCUUUCUGUUGGGCCUGUGAAAAAGCCAACUUCAGGUGUAGCAUAGCCAGAACCCCCGAAUCUGCACUGGAAUCCUUCCUGGAAAAGCAUCAUGACAUCAUCAUCAUUGAUCACAGGCAACCGAGACACUCUGAAGCAGAAGCCCUCUGUCGGUCUAUCAGAGCUGUGGGCUCGUCAGAAAGCGCGGUGAUCGUCGCUGUAGUGAAGAGGCCUGAACGAGAGGAGGGCUCCGUGAUGCCUCUGAUCACAGCCGGAUUCAACAGGAGAUAUGUAGAAAAUGGAAACAUGAUGAGCUGCUAUAACGAGCUGAUCCAGCUGGAACGUGGGGAGGUGCGCGCUCAGGUCAAACUGAGAGCAUGCAAUGCACUUUUCACUGCCCUGGAACAAAGCCUUGAUGCUGUGGAGAUCUCGAGUGAAGACCAGGUGAUCCAGUAUGUGAACCCAGCGUACGAGACCGUUACAGGGUACCAGCGGGGUGAGCUCAUUGGGAAGGAAUUCAUCGAAAUGCCAAAGAGUGAGAAGAACAGGCCUGACCUGCUGGAGACCAUAAAUACCUGCAUCAUGAAGGGGAAGGAAUGGCAGGGCCUUUAUUAUGCCAAAAAGAAGAAUGGGGAUAGUGUGCAGCAGAAUGCGAAAAUCACUCCUGUGAUUGGACAAGGAGGAAAAAUCAGACACUAUGUGUCUAUUUACAGGCCUUUAAAUGAUAAUAAUAAGACUGACAAGUUCAGUGAAGGUGUACCAGCAGAACCUCACACAGACGUGCAGUUGAGCAGACACAGAGACCGGAGGAAAGGCUCCCUAGACGUCAGAUCAACCACGUCCCGGGGCAGUGACGGAAGCUCUCAGAGAAGGAACUCUUCCAUGGCCCGGAUCCACUCCAUGACGAUAGAGGCUCCGAUAACCAAGGUGAUAAACAUCAUUAACGCGGCUCAGGAGAGCAGUCCCAUGCCCGUGUCGGAGGCGCUGGACCGCGUGCUGGAGAUCCUGCGCACCACCGAGCUCUACUCCCCGCAGCUCGGCACCAAGGAGGAGGACCCCCACACCAACGACCUCGUGGGAGGGCUGAUGCUGGACGGCUUGAGGAGGUUGUCUGGAAAUGAAUACAUCUUUGCAACCAAACACACUCACCAUAUUCCCAGUCACCUGAUCACACCGCUCUCCCUGAAUGACAUCCCCUUGCGCGUGGCCCAGACCAUGGAGAAUGAGGAAUCCUGGGACUUUGACAUCUUCACCCUGGAGGCAGCCACACUCAAACGCCCCCUGGUGUUCUUGGGUUUGAAAAUUUUUUCCCGAUUUGGGGUGUGUGAGUUCCUCAACUGCCCCGAGACCACCCUGAGGGCGUGGCUGUCUGUGAUCGAGGCAAAUUAUCACUCCAGCAACUCCUACCACAACUCCAGCCAUGCCGCUGACGUGCUGCAUGCCACCGCCUACUUCCUGUGCAAAGAGCGUGUGAAGCAAACCCUGGACCCCAUCGACGAGGUGGCGGCCCUGAUCGCCGCCACGGUGCACGACGUGGACCACCCGGGCCGCACCAACUCCUUCCUGUGCAACGCGGGCAGCGAGCUGGCCAUCCUGUACAACGACACGGCCGUGCUGGAGAGCCACCACGCCGCCCUGGCCUUCCAGCUCUCCACCCGCGACGACAAGUGCAACAUCUUCAAGAACAUGGAUAGGAACGAGUACCGCUCGCUGCGGCAGGCCAUAAUCGACAUGGUCCUGGCGACUGAGAUGACCAAGCACUUCGAGCACGUCAAUAAAUUUGUGAACAGCAUCAACAAGCCCCUGGCUGCCUUGGAGGAGAACGAGGGAAAUGGGGAGGAGGACUGUGCCAGAAGCAUUCUGACAUCACCGGAGAAUCGCAUUCUGAUCAAGCGCAUGCUGAUCAAGUGUGCAGACAUCUCCAACCCCUGCAGACCGCUGGAGCUGUGCAUCGAGUGGGCGGGGCGCAUUUCAGAAGAGUACUUUGCACAGACUGAUGAGGAGAAACAGCAGGGUCUGCCGGUGGUGAUGCCCGUUUUUGACAGGAACACCUGCAGCAUUCCCAAAUCCCAGAUCUCCUUCAUCGACUACUUCAUCACUGACAUGUUCGACGCCUGGGACGCGUUCGCUGACCUGCCCAAUCUCAUGCAGCACCUGGACAGUAAUUUUAAGUAUUGGAAAAGCCUGGAUGAGCAGAAGCUCUGCACGCUGCGGCCUCCUCCAGAGUAGCCGGCCUAUCCCACGCUGUGCUGCGCAGUGGGUGGGUGGGGCCUCCCUUGUCCUGUCCAAUUACAGCCUUGCUGAGGGGCUGCUGUCAGCGCCCUCCAGAACGUCGCCCUGUCAGGGCCCUACUGACUCCUGCUUCCUGUAUCACAUUACUCUGAGAGAGGUAGAGAGAAAGAGAGAUGGAAAGAGAGAGAUGAGUAGCAAGAUGGAUGGAAUUAUAGAGAGAGAGAGAGAGAGAGAUAGAGAGAGGGAGAGAGAGAGAGAAAGAGACAGCUUGGAGAACACAUGGCACUAGCUUGGUGAGCAGGAGCACAAUUAAAAGGAUGAGUGUGCAAAUAGCCCACCCCCAGCCGUCCAGCCUUUCUGGUGAAGUGUGGCACGCCUUCAAAAUCCUCAGCCCACCAGAAGCACUGCAGUCAACACAGAUUGUGCUCUUUGCUGUGAUUGGAGGAGCUUGUGGUCCCUCGAAAGGGGAAAAACCAAAUGGUUGUAUUCGUGUCUAGUGAGCAGUGGGUUCAUGUCUUUCGGCCUCCUCCCCACCCGAGACAGAGGUGCAGAAUGCUGCAUCGAAGUGGAUAGGCCACCAGGGGGCAUCCCAGAGGCCUCACACAGGGCAAGAGGACAAGAGCUCCAUUCUCUCCUUUAGGUGACUCCCCCCAGAGCCAGUGUGCACACUCCCCCCAGAGCCAGUGUGCACACACUCUUAUUCAUUCUGUCUUUCCUUUCUUCUUGUGUUCUGCUCCUUUUUUCACUGUCCCCUUCAACAAUAUGUCUUUAGAUUCUUGAGAAGGUUGUUCAGACAGGAGAGGGGUCAUGCAGUUACUCUUCUUUUGGAAAGGGGGGGGAGGGAGUCACCCUUCGAUCUCAUCUACAAGUAGAAAUUUUCAGUUUAUUUAUUUUGUUUUAAUUAUUCAAUAUUUAUAAAAAUAAAUGAAUACAUAAAUACAUAAUAAUAAAAAGCCAAAGUUGAGUACAGUAUGGGAGUCAUAUCUUUGACAUACAUUUCAUCCAACGUGAAGACACUUUUAUUUUCAUAAUGCAAAUAUCAACUAGAAUGACACCUUUAUAUUGCACUGUAAAGAAGAAUAGAAGUGUAUGUCAUAAUAAUGUGUCUGCAACUGGGGUGCUGUGUUCUGGCCAAUAAGCUGUGUAGCUGUUGAUUGUUUGGGCAUGAGAGUGUGUUUUUGUGGUUACGGCUUUCCAAGAUGCAUUGUGCUGAGAACCACAUGGCUUUCCGUAACAGAUGAAAUCUGUGAAAGUGAGUUUUUUUUUCUUCUCCCAGAAAUUUUAUAUCUGGUUUAUCCUACUGAGAGACUGCCUUAUUUUAUACACUAUUUAUACAGUCCGCCCCACUGUGCAAAUGCAAAGAACAUCUGAAGUUUUUUAAAAAAUAAUUAAGUGAAAGUAAAAUACUGAAAUCUUAAUAUUUUUGUAGACUAUGUAUUUUACACUGGAGUGUUGAAAUGAAAGCAAACACAAGCUUGGAACUGGCAUUUUGUGGAGACAUUUGACAAAACCAUUGAAAAAGGCAUUGCAGUAUACAAAACCAUAGCUUUUCAGGACGUGCAGAAUUCAAAGCUAUCUAUCACUGUCAAAUGUUGGUCUUCUACCACACUGCUCACUGAUUAUGAAAAGCAGCAGACCAUUAGUAUCCAUUUGUUAGAAGACCUAUCUCCACAGAAAACCCAGGGAAAAAGCAUUAUACGUCAUUGGUUUCUGAUUAAGUAUGUGUGAAAGAAUGUUCCUUAAGAUUAUUUCCUAUUUUUAUUUAAAGAGUAUAUAUAAAUCUGCCAUAAUACAGAAGACUAUAUAAGGGUCAGUAUGAUUAUAUUGACCUGAAGCUUUUUUCUGUCUCUUUCUUUCAGACAGAAUUUUAAAUUCAUUCAGGAGUUUUGUUUAUUUGUUCUGAUUCAUUGCUUCUGCUGGUCAAACAGCGCCAAUGGGAGAGGGGGAAGGGGGAGGGGAAACAUUAGAAAAUUAUUCUAUUAAAAAUAAAAUGAUGACAGUAAUUGUGUUGUGCCUCAUUUCUGUAACCCAAUGCUGGUCUGCACUUUCAUUGGCUUUUUGGAAAAGGACAUGCUGAAACCCAUUCACUGUCUAAAGGACUGUAUUUGCAGUUUAAAGGACUAUUCACUGUCUAAAUAAGUGUGUGUAUGUAUAUUUGUAUGUAUGUUCAUGUGCAUACAGUGUUCCAUAAUGUCUGGGACAAAUAUUUUAUUUUUCUUGAUUUGGCUAUGUACCCCACAAUUUUAUAUUUUGAAUCAAACAAGUAUUUGAUUGCAAAUGCAAAAUUGUGGAAUACAGAACCAAAUCAAGAAAAAAAUAUGCUUUUGUCUCAAACAUUAUGGAGCUCACUGCAUAUAUACACGCACAGACACACAUUGGAGAAUGUUGAGCCAAUGUGAUGAAAUGUUUUAAAUGUGAUGCACAUUGUGUGUACAUGAAUGUUUAUCUAGUGAGGUCACUUAGACCAUCUAUGACAGGGUUUUGAGAAAAACAUAACAUUUUGGAGGUGUUUUAUUGCAUGCAUAUGAAUGAAUCCCUGAAUCUAAUUGCACUGCAAGUUCACCUGUCCCGAUUUAAAUGCAGGUGUGUUACUGAAAAGGUUGUGAGGAAGCAUCUGCUUUCUGGUUCAGGAUUUUUAAACUUUUAAAUAAAUACUUUUGUCAUUUUAA